AUGCCUGACCGAGACAAAAGUGGGUAUCGAUCUGCGGCGGCGGUUGUGGAGAAGGGAAUCAAGAGGAAACGUCCGAGUUAUCGAAAAGCGGCUGUUAGAUUGAUUGCUUCGUUGCGAGGUGUCAGGACUGAAGUCUGGAACGAACAGCUGUCUUCAAGCUUGUCGAAUCCUUUCUUUGAAGCUCUGCUUCGAUUGCCCAAUGAGUUGCACAUCUUGAUUCUCAGCCAGCUGUGCAUAUCAGAUCUGUUGGCAUUGCGUAGAACAUGUCGCAUCUUAAACGUGCUUGUGGCAGGUUCUGCACCCUCACUCAGUCGAUACUGGGUGAAGCAUCGGAUGGGUAACCUCCAUCUGCGUUUGUAUCCUACCACUCGACCAACUGAAGCGGACUUCCAAUAUCUCCUCGCUAUGCGGCGACGACAUAUUGCUUCCAUUCGACUUAGCAGACAGCUUGCCAACUUCCUGCUGGGUGACGUACAAGAGCAAGUCGAUUCUCGCCAAAAGCAGCUGUGGACAUCCGUUUAUGAGAAGAUGAUGCCACUCGUGUUUGGUGUCGGUUACUUCCUCGAGGAGCAUCGACGAGCGGUCUUAGACAGAGACCUUGGACAGAUACGACCGCGGUCGCACAUCGGAUACGACAUCUGUACCACGGGUUGUAUGACGAACCAAGACUUGAAGACCAUGAAGAAGAUGGAUGCGCCUUUGCGGCUGCAGUACUUCUACAUGUACUGCUUCAUACUGCAGGUGAUGAGACGGAAGUUGCGCCCUGCAAACCGUACUCGAACGGUUGGCAACUUCCUGAGAGGAUGGUCGAAUCACUCUGCUUGCUCUGAAGACAUAGCCUUCCUCCUGAUAUUGGGAGGUAUCGGUCAGAUUGCUAAGCUGCUUACGUGUCCCACCUACACUGAUCGGAGGAGGUAUCUGUACGCAUACAUCACGCACUUGUCGCCGCAUGCAAGCAAGUGUUGGAGAGCACACUGGAAAGACAUUGGUGUUGUCUCACCUGCAUUGCUGGACGAUAUUCCAUGUACCAGUAUUGGUAUCACGCAGCUCGACCAGAUCUGGGAGCCAGGGAUAGCAGAGAUGAUGAAACCGGAAAGCCGAGCUUUCACUACUCAUGAGAAGCUGCGGUACGAAGAACUGCAAGUGUCGAAGAAGUACAUCAACGAGAUCAUGGGAUACGACAUCUUGCGGGUGUCAACUCCAGAGUGCGUUGAUAUCGACGAUGAGAUGGAAGAUAGGAGACCGUAA